GGAGUCCGGUGUAGUGCAGCUGCGGGUGUUUAAUGCAGGAUCCAGCAGAGCGUUGGAGGUUCAGGAGGUUCUGGGCUGUUUAUUGGUUUAUCAGUGGAAUGUAGGACUGGACAUGUCCUCAUAGUCAGAGCGCGGGUUGUAGAGAUGUUAGCUGCUGUUUAAAAUGAAGACUGGAUUCUCUGUAGGUGAAUAAUGGAAGGGUGGUUAGAGUUUCCCCCGGUCUCCAGUAAAGUGUAGCAGCAGAAGAUCCAGCUCUGAUCAGCAGCAGCAGCAGCUCCACACCUCUGUACUCAGACUGCUCUGCUGGAGCAACACCAUCAGCUCACCUGCUGCAGACAUGAAUGUUGUCCAGUUCAAACUCCUGUUCCUAGUGUUGACUUACCUACCUGCUUGAAAUUUGCCUUACCUAGUGAUAUGGUGAAGAAAAUGCUACCUAGAAAAAUCUCCAGUACGCCAGCAUCCUUUCCUACACAAAGUAAAAACAAGGAGAAAACUCACCACUGCUCCGACUGUGGGAAAAGUUUUAAUCAUCAAAGUCAUCUCAAAACACACCAGCGCAUUCACACUGGAGAAAAACCGUACCACUGUUCAGAGUGCGGAAAGAGUUUUAGUCGACAGAGCAAUCUCACAAUGCACCAGCGCAUUCACACUGGAGAGAAACCGUAUGACUGCUCAGACUGUGGGAAAAGUUUUAAUCAGCAGAGUAAUCUCAAAAUACACCAACGCAUUCACAAAGGAGAGAAGCCUUUUUAUUGUUCAGCCUGUGGGACAAGUUUUAAUCAACAAAUUGCACUUCAGCAACACCAGCGCAUUCACACAGGAGAUAAGCCAUACCACUGCUCAGAGUGUGGGAGAAGUUUUAAUCGUCAGAGUUCUCUCAAACAACACCAUGGCACUCACACUGGACAGAAGCCGUACCACUGCUCAGACUGUGGGAAGAGUUUUACUCAACAUGGUGCUCUCAAAAUACAUCAGCGUAUUCACACAGGAGAAAAAACGUAUUACUGCUCAGACUGUGGGAAGAGUUUUAAUAGACAGACUUCCCUGCAACAGCACCAGCGUAUUCACACUGGAGAGACACCAUAUAUCUGUUUAGUGUGUGGAAAGAGUUUUAAUCGGCAGACUUCUCUUCAACAACACCAGCGCAUUCACACAGGAGAGAAACCAUUUCACUGCUCAGACUGUGGAAAGAGUUUUAAUCGACAGAGUACUCUCCAACUACACCAGCGUAUUCACAAAGGAGAGAAACCAUAUCACUGCUUAGAAUGUGAUAAGUGUUUUAAUCAGCAGAGGACACUGCAACUACACCUUCGUAUUCACACUGGAGAGAAACCUUAUCAGUGUUUAGAAUGUGGGAAAAGUUUCAAUCGGCAGAAUUCUCUCCAACAGCACCAGCUUAUUCACACAGGAGAAAAGCCCCAUCACUGCUCCGACUGCGGUAAACAUUUCAGGCAUUUAAAGACAUUUAAGAGACACAAGUGCCUUAAUUGCAGUCACACUACAACCAUUACAGAUCUCAGCUCAAACACCAAACAAAUGGAUAACAUUUUAAUAGAGGAAAAUAACUUGGUAUAAAAUGUAUAACAUAAUGUGUAAUGAUGUAUAUUCAACUAUAUCCAAGACUAGCCAACAUCCUGUGUUUUGUAAACCUUUCAGAAAAUGCAGUGUGUGGCAUUGUAGUGCCACUGAAAGAGCCCAUAAACAGGCUCAUUAAAUAAACCAAGGACUUUCAUCCCCAACAAUCAAUAAGUAAUCUUGAAGGCUUACAGGAAGCCAUUACCCUAAGAUUCCUUUUUUACCCAACUACUGUACGCGUACUGUAUCUGUGUUCUCUGCACAUCUCCCAAAAAAGUUCAGCCUUUUUCCUAGGUUGUCUAACAUGAUCACUGUCUGCAGUUCUUUUGUGUGACUUGUUUCUUAUGUGUCGUUUAACUAUUUUCUGUGCAUUCCUGAGCAAACCUUUAUCUCAAAGGUUUAAAUUUGGUAGGAGAUGCCUGUGCUAUAGUGAAAUGUCAAUGUAGAGGGGUCUGUACAUAGAUUUACACUGUAUUCCUACAGAGCAUCCAGAAAACCUCCUUUGGGUGCAUCUAGUCAUCAACUGGUUCCAGUAUAUAUAUCCACUUUUGGACUAAUGAUCUCUCCCAAGUGUCUGAAGUGUUGUUUCAAUAGCACAUUUUGUUGUUUAGUUUUAUGUACUCCUGAUCUAAAUAAACUGAUUAAUGUUUUAUCUA